AUGAAUAAUGAGAAUAAUUAAAAAGUACUUUAUAAAAAUAGAUUAGUUAUAAAAAAGUGAAAAAGAUUAGAUAGCAAAAAGAGCAAAUUCUAAUAAUUAAGAAAUAAUUUAUGAAAAUAUUUAAAUACGCAACAAAGUGAAAAGCAGUUUUGAUUACUAGCUAUUAUUGAAUGUUGUUUCUAAUAGCUUUUUAUUUGUGAAGUUGUAAUGUGGAAUCAAGUAUAAAAAAUUGAAUUUUAUUUAGAAUAAAUUUGAUUGAAAGAAAACUUUACAAACUGGAGAAGAAUUUGGUGAAUUCGAAUUAUUUUACAAUGCUCCAAGAUCUGAUCUGCUACAAUUAAAGCAUUUGGAUGUACUAAAAUUAAUUAUUUUAGUUUGUGCCUUUUGGGCCAUAGAUAGAAAUACAUUUAGAAAAGCGAUUGA